AUGCCGAGACUCAAAUCAAUUUUAAAAAAAUCCAAUUCGUUUUCUUUCAAAUCUUCAAAAGAUUCAACGUUUAAAAAAGUUAGGUUUUCAGAUUAUGUAUCAACUUAUCACAUUCCAAGAAUGAAUAAAAGUAAACCCAUAACUCAUAAAAAACACAAAUAUCGCAAGCUCAAAUAUUUAAGAUAUACAAAGUAUAAUAAUGAUACCAAUGAAACGUCUGGAAAUACUGAAACUUUUAAUAUAUUCAAUUCAUUAAUCCCAGAAUCCAUAUUUAAUUCAUUCAAUUGUCAAUCAUUUAAUGUUCGAUUAUUUAACUUCCAUUCAUCUAACUCCGAUUCAUUUAACUUUUACGGAUCUGGAUAUACUAAAAUGGGUAAUACAAAAUUUACAUAUGAAGUUCUUAGUUCAGAACCUUCUAAUAAAGGAUUCUAUUGGAUACGCAAAGAAGUUUCCAAAUCGCUUUGUUAA